AUGGAUGGGGACAAGAUUCAAAGAGCAAUUCUUUCUAGGGCUGAAAAUGAUGAUUGGACACCUCUCCAUGCAGCAGCAUCCAAUGGUCACCUCGAGGAUGUACAGGUUAUUAUUGACCGAGGAGCAGAUCUGAAUAGGGCGGAUAAGGAUGGCUGGACACCUCUCUACACGGCAUCUUUGUAUGGUCACCUCGUUAUUGUACAGUUUCUUAUUGGUAAAGGAGCGGAUCUAAGAACGGCGAAUGAAGAUGGCAUGACACCUCUUCCCGCAGCAUCAUUCAACGGUCACCUCGAUGUUGUAAAGUUUCUCAUUGGCCAAAGAGCAGAUAUAAAUAGGGAAGAUAAAGAUGGAUGGACACCUCUCUAUGCAGCAUCAUUCAAUGGCCACCUCGAUGUUGUCAAGUUUCUCUUUGACCAAGGAGCAAAUCUAAAUAGGGGUAGUAAUGAUAGCAGUACACCUCUAUUAGCAGCAUCAUUCGAUGGUCAUUUCGAUGUUGUACAGUUUCUCAUCAGCCAAGGAGCAGAUCUAAAUAGUGUGGAUAAAGAUGGCUUGACACCUCUGCACGCAGCAUCAUCUAAUGGUCACCGGGAUGUUGUACAGUUUCUCAAUGACCAAGGAGCAGAUCUAAAUACGGCGGAUAAUGAUGCCAGGACACCUCUACAUGCGGCAUCAUUCAAUGGCCAUCGUGACGUUGUACAGUUUCUCAUUGGCAAAGGAGCAGAUCUAAAUAGACUUGGUCGAGAUGGCAGCACACCUGUAGAAGUGGCAUCACUCAAUGGUCACCUGGAUGUUGUACAUUUUCUCAAUGGUCAAGGAGCAGAUUUAAAAAGGGCGGAUAAAGAUGGCAGGACACCUCUCUUCGCGGCAUCACUCAAUGGUCACCUGGAUGUUGUAGAGUUUCUCAUUGGCCAAGGAGCAGAUUUAAAAUGGGCGGAUAAAGAUGGCAGGACACCUCUCUUCGCGGCAUCAUUUAAUGGUCACCUCGAUGUUGUACAGUUUCUCAUUGGCCAAGGAGCAGAUUUAAAAAGGGCGGAUAAUGACGGGAGGACAGCUCUCUACAUGGCAUCAUUCAAUGGAGCAGAUCUAAAAAUGGCGGAUAAAGACGGCAUGACACCUCUCCACAUGGCAUCAUUCAACGGUCAACUCGAUGUUGUGCAGUUUAUCACUGACCAAGGAGCAGAUCCAAAUAAGUCGGAUAAUGAUGCCAGGACACCCCUUCACGCAGCAUCAUCUAAUGGUCACCUCGAUGUUGUACAGCUUCUCACUGACCAAGGAGCAGAUCUCAAUAAGGCGGAUAGUGAUGCCAGGACACCUUUACAUGCGGCAUCAUCCAAUGGUCGUCUCGAUGUUGUGCGGUUUCUCAUUGGCCAAGGAGCAGAUCUAAAUAGAGUUGGUCGAGAUGGCAGCACACCUCUAGAAGUGGCAUCAUCUGAUAGUCACCUGGAUGUUGUACAGUUUCUCACUGACCAAGGAGCAGAUCUAAAUACGGCGGAUAAUGAUGCCAGGACACCUCUACAUGCGGCAUCAUCCAAUGGUCAUCGCGACGUUGUACAGUUUCUCAUUGGCAAAGGAGCAGAUAUAAAUAGGGAAGAUAAGGAUGGAUUGUCACCUCUCUAUGCAGCAUCAUCCAAUGGUCAUCGCGACGUUGUACAGUUUCUCAUUGGCAAAGGAGCAGAUCUAAAUAGACUUGGUCGAGAUGGCAGCACACUUCUAGAAGUGGCAUCACUCAAUGGUCACCUGGAUGUUGUACAGUUUCUCACUGGCCAAGGAGCAGAUUUAAAAAGGGCGGAUAAAGAUGGCAGGACACCUCUCUUUGCGGCAUCACUCAAUGGUCACCUGGGUGUUGUAGAGUUUCUCAUUAGCCAAGGAGCAGAUUUAAAAUGGGCGGAUAAAGAUGGCAGGACACCUCUCUUCGCAGCAUCAUUCAAUGGUCACCUUGAUGUUGUACAGUUUCUCAUUGGCAAAAAAGCAGAUAUAAAUAGGACUGGUAAUGAUGGCAGCACUCUUCUAGAAGCAGCAUCACUCAAAGGUCACCUCGAUGUUGUACAGUUUCUCAUUGGCAAAAAAGCAGAUCUCAAUAGGACUGGUAUUGGUGGGCGCACUCCUCUCCAAGCGGCAUCAUUCAAUGGUCACCUUGAUGUUGUACAGUUUCUCAUUGGCCAAGGAGCAGUUCUGAAUAAGGUUGGUCAAGAUGGCAGCACACCUCUAGAAGUGGCAUCAAUCAAAGGUCACGUCGAUGUUGUACAGUUUCUCAUUGGCCAAAAAGCAGAUCUAAAUGGGGCUGGUAACGAUAGAAGCACACCUCUAGAAGCGGCAUCACUCAAAGGUCAUCUUGAUGUUGUACAAUUUCUCAUUGGCCAAGGAGCAGAUCUAAAUAGGGCUGGUAUUGGUGGGCGCACACCUCUCCAAGCGGCAUCAUUCAAGGGUCACCUCAAUGUUGUACAAUUUCUUAUUGGCCAAGGAGCAGAUCUAAAUCGGGUUGGUCGAGAUGGCAGCACACCUCUAGAAGUGGCAUCACUCAAAGAUCAUCUCGAUGUUGUUAAGUUUCUCAUUGGCCAAAAAGCAGAUCUAAAUAUGGCUGGUAUUGGUGGUCACACACCUCUCCAAGCGGCAUCAUUCAAUGGUCACCUGGAUGUUGUACAGUUUCUCAUUGGCCAAGGAGCGGAUCUAAAUUGGGCUGGUAAAGAUGGCAGCACACCUCUGGAAGUGGCAUCACUCAAAGGUCAUCUCGAGGUUGCACAGGUUCUCAUUGGUCAAGGAGCAGAACUAAAUAGGGCUGGUUUUGAUGGGCGCACACCUCUCCAUGCGGCAUCAUUCAAUGGUCACCUCGACGUUGUACAGUUUCUCAUAUGCCAAGGAGCAGAUCGAAAUACGGCUGGUAAUGAUGGCAGGACACCUCUCCAAGCGGCAUCAUUCAAUGGUCACCAUGAUGUGGAACAGUUUCUCACUGACCGAAAAGCAGAUCCAAAUAGGGUUGAUAUUGGUUGGAGGCGCACACCUCUCCACGCGCAGGUAAUUGAUAAAGACUAA